AUGUCCUUGAGCCCAAAGCACUCAACACCUUUCUCAGUGACAGAUAUUUUAAGCCCGAUAGAGGAGACCUACAAAAAGUUUGCAGGCAUGGACAGUUCCGCGAACCUCGCUUCUCCUCUUGGCGCAUACCGGCAAACUCAGGUAUCUCAGCCGAGCAUGCAGCAACAUAGCAUGGGUCACAAUGCCGCGGUGGCCACUACCUAUCAUAUGCCACACGGCGUGUCUCAGUUCUCACACACUGCCAUGGGAGGAUAUUGCAACGGGAGCAUUGGCAACAUGGGAGACCUUCCAUCGUACCAAGAAACCAUGAGAAAUGGCGCAACCGCAACAGCUUGGUACGGCGCAAACCCAGAACCCCGCUAUCCAACAAUUUCUAGAUUUAUGGGAACCUCCACUGGAAUGAACAUGGGGACGUUAACAGGGAUGGAUGCCACUAAGUCCAUGGUAACUUUACACGCUGCGCCUCGAAGAAAGCGUCGUGUCCUCUUCUCACAGGCUCAGGUGUACGAGCUAGAGCGGAGGUUUAAGCAACAGAAAUAUCUCUCCGCACCCGAGAGGGAGCACUUGGCCAGCAUGAUCCAUCUUACUCCGACGCAGGUCAAGAUCUGGUUCCAGAAUCACAGGUACAAAAUGAAACGGCAAGCGAAGGACAAAGCUACACAACAGCUGCAACAGGACAACGGCAACUUAUGUCAGCAGCAGCAACAACAGUCGCCAAGGCGAGUGGCUGUCCCCGUACUAGUGAAGGACGGUAAGCCGUGUCAGAACGGCUCCAGCACGCCAACGUCUGGACAUCAACAGGCUCAGCAGCAAAACACGGUGAGCGCGUUAGCUUCAGCUCAAGACCUGGAGGAGAUGUCACCGAGCCCACCUAUCCUCCACAGCCAGAUGAACAGCCUGGCUCAGACGGACGCAGCGCUAAUUGAGUACACCAAUAAUAUGGUCAGCUCUAACCUGCUAUAUGGAAGAACUUGGUAG